AUGCCCAAUAGUCCAGUUGCUGUCAUCCGUAAGAGAUCUAAGACUCCUGGUGUGAUAAUCACACAGUAUGAGGUAAACAUACCAGAAGGAAAAAGCACACCAGAUUUCCAAUGUAAACCAGUUCCAGUGACCGUCCAGAAAGGAAAAGUAGCCGUUUUUAAGGCUGUGGUGAAAGGAGAUCCAAAACCAGAGGUGUCAUGGAGAAGAGCUAAGGGGACUACCUCAGAUAAGGACAAAUUUCAGAGCAAAUAUGAUGAAUCAACUGGGGAGUACAGAUUUGAGAUUCACCAUGUGUCUGCUGCUGACACCGACACAUACAAAUGCAAUGCUGUGAACAAAUAUGGUAAAGCUGUAUGUACAGCAACAUUAAGUGUGACUGGGGAUAGUACAGAUGGUGUUGAAGACCUUAAUUUGAUUCUCAAGAAAAUGGAAGAGAAGAAAAAGGAGCGAAUGCAAAAUAUGAGUAAGGAUGAUCCAGAUCCCUAUGACGACAAUGAUGAUGAUGAUGAUGAUGAUAAUGCAACAGACAAACACUGUUUUAAGAUUGGUAAAAGGACAAAGGACUUCACGAUUAAAAGCUUGAUACAAGAGAGUAUGGGAAUCAUGAAUCAGGGGGAUGUUGAAAGGCUCAACCUCCUCGACACAGGCCUGAAUCAAGAAGAUGCUGAAGAGUUGAACCUCUUCCUUAGAGAUUUCAAACUAUCAAAUGUGGGAUUUGUUAUUAAAAUCCAGGAGACUAAAGUGCAAGAAAGAGAUGACGCUCUCUUUGAAUGUGUCCUCACACACCCACUAUCCAGCGUCACAUGGAUGGGCAAGGGCAGCACUCUGCAGGAUGGAGAAAAAUAUAACAUAACAGUUUCGGAUCAUAAACUGAUCCAUCGGUUGUUGGUCAAGGACUGCAAGAAGCAGGACAAAGGCAUCUAUUCAGCUGUGGCUGGCAUUACAUCCUGCAGUGCCUGGCUGGUUGUGGAAGCUUAUAGUGAGUCUUCAUCUGCUUGUAAGACAAAGCCUCGUAAAUCUACAGCAGUUGGUGGAGCACAGAAUGACCUUGAGAAAGUGGCCAAAGAGCAACUUCUAAAAAGCCAAAAGGAGAUGGAGAGGAUUCUAGCAGCUGUAAAGGCAAGGCACCAAGCAGGACAACUCAAAAGAGGAAAUACCUUUACCACAGGUGGAAGGGACGGUGGAAACACAGCACUGGUCACUGGUCUGGGUAGAAAUGCUGGAGCAGUAAUGGACAAGCCUGACACAGCAAGAGCCAGUGCUCUCUCUGAGCAAACAGGACACCAAGAGAAAGUAAAAACAAACAACGCAAAGGGAGAUGGAAUUUCACCAAAAUUAGAUGGUUCGGGGUGUGUAACACAAACAGAAGCGCCAGUGACAGUCAGUGACCGCAGGACCAUCAAAUCAGAUCAAAAGGAUUUCAACAAAUUAACAGAUGCAGAUGAUGGAGGACAUUCUGAAGAAAGUGAGGCCUUCACAAAAUAUGCCGAUAACUCAAGAUUAAAGCAUGGAGAGAAAGAAAAUGGUCAAAAUGAAGUGACUGAUUCAGGUGGAAACAAAAGACGCUCAAGGGGAACAAGGAAAAUUCAACGAAAACAAACAUCCGCUCAGAAUGAAGGAGCAGGGGACAAAGACGAAAGUGACAGUGAGGGUGAUGAGGACUCUAUUAACCAAGUCAAGGAAGGAGACAACGGUCAAAAUGAAGUGAGUGACUCUGCUGGAAAUAAAAGGCUCUCAAGGCACACAAGAACAGUUCAAAAAAGACAACAAUCUGAUCAAAAUGACGCAGCAAGUGACAAAGACAACAGUGACAGUGACACUGAUGAAGACUCCACUGGCAAAUUAAAGCAUCCAAGUCAUACAAAGCAAAACCAACAGCUACAGACAGGAGACAAUGAACGCAGUGACUGUGAUGAGACUGUUGAUGCCACUGGCUCUGCCACACAUACAAGACGUAAAAGGCAAGGCCCGCUGAUAGAAGACCUGGUGAUAGAUCAAGGGGUCCAGUUCAUCUAUGGAUUGUCUGAUGUCAGUGCCAUCAUCAAUGAGGCUGCUGAAUUAAUAUGUAAGAUCAGCAAAGACGACUGUGAAGGAGCUUGGAUCAAAGAUGGCAAAAAGAUAUCCCCAAAUGAAAAUGUUAUUAUCACUAAAGAUGGUGCGAUCCAUAAAUUAAUGAUAAUCAGGUGCACCGAAGAGCAUUCUGGGAAAUAUCGUUUUGAAGCAGAUGGUCGAAAGACAGAGGCAAUGAUUAGCGUUGAAGAUCCCCCAAGGUUUGACCCUGAAGACCUCCAUGCUUUCACCGAGCCUGUUAAAGUGAAAGUGGGUCACACCGCCAUUUUCAAACUGCAUUUUGUUGGCCAUGAACCCAUAAAGGUUCACUGGUACAGAGAGGGAGAAGAGCUCCAAGAUGACAGCAACACAAAGAUAGAGAACUCUGCAAGUCACAGCCACUUGCUUCUUAGCAGGUGCCAGAGGAGGGAAUCAGGAGAGAUCAAGAUCAAGCUCAAGAACGAACACGGCUUCACCGAGGCAGUUUCACAGCUAAUUGUGCUCGACAAACCCACCACACCUCUGGGCCCUGCAGAGGUAACAAAGAGCUCAGCUACAUGCAUUGAAUUUAAGUGGCGGCCGCCAAAGGAUAAUGGCGGCUCACCAGUGACAAACUACAUAGUUGAGCGUCAGCGAGUGGGACGAAACACCUGGAAGAAACUAGGGGAAAUUCCAGUAGUGCCCUGCUUCCGUGACACAGACGUGGACCAUGGCCGCAAAUAUUUUUACCGUGUCCGAGCAGUGACGGCGGAGGGCACAAGUGAAGUUAUGGAGACUGAUGAAAUGCAAGCAGGCACACUGGCGUUCCCUGGCCCUCCAGCAGCCCCACAGGUGGUCAGUGCCUUUGACGACUGCAUUAACCUUUGCUGGGCUUCACCUAGUAACACAGGAGGUUCACGCAUCCUAGGUUAUAUUCUGGAAAAGCGCAAAAAGGGGAGUAAUCUCUGGACUGCAGUCAACACCCUGGAUGAGCUAAUAAAAGACAAGAAAUAUGCAGUAAAGGAUGUCAUGGCUGGUUUGGAAUAUGAAUUCAGAGUUGCGGCCAUAAACCUCUCAGGAGCUGGUGAAUUUAGCAACCCGUCAGAGUUUGUUUUUGCACGGGAUCCCAAGAAGCCACCUGGUAAAGUCACAGGCCUGAAGGUGACAGAAACUUCUUACACCCACUUGGUCCUGACCUGGACCAAACCUGUGGAGAAAACAGGGAUUCAGGAUGAAGCGAAGGGAUAUUUUGUUGAAAUUCGGCAUUCGGAUUGCAUUGAUUGGUCGCAUUGUAACAGCAGUCCCAUCAUCACCACUUCCUACAGUGUGAAGGGCCUUAAGUCCAUGGCGAUGUACUGGGUGAGAGUGAUCGCGACUAAUGAUGGAGGAGAGAGUGCACCAGAGGAGCUGCCCAACUACGUCAUUGCUAUGCCCUCACCUGUGAGGCCAAAGUUCACUAACCGCAAGAUGAAGAGUUUUGUGGUGGUGAGGGCAGGAAACUCUGUCAGGAUCACAGUGAACUUCGAGGCCUCCCCAUGGCCAGAUAUUAUAUGGAUGAAGGAUAAUGUGCCCAUGACACAGCGAGCAACAAUAAGUAACUCUGAUGGUUCAUCCCAGUUGUUUAUUCCUUCCUCUGAGCGCUCUGAUUCUGGCAUCUACUCUAUUCUGGUGAAGAAUCUUGCAGGACAGGAGACAUUCAAUACAGAGGUCAGGGUCACAGAUGAUCCAAAGGCUCCUGGACUUGUAGAACUGGAGGAAAACGUGCCAGGAACAGUGACAGUGAUCUGGGAACCUUCACCUGAUGAGAAGCGCGAUGACCGCCUUCACUACAUGGUGACCAAACUAGACUCUACCAAGCAAACGUGGACCACAGUGGCUGAACGACUCUUCAAUCAUAAGUUCACAGUCUGCAACAUCAUGCUCGGCAGGGAAUAUAAUUUCCGAGUGUAUGCCAAAAAUGACAUCGGCGUAUCUGCACCCUCUGAGUCACCGACCUGGGGGAUGGAGAAGAAGAACGAAAAGUUUGUCCUAAAAGUACCAACCAGGAAGGACUGUGAUCUGCGAUGUGCUCCAACCUUCAUCGUUCCCCUGAAGCUUCGCACUGCACCCAAAGGCUAUGAGUGCUAUAUGAGCUGUGCAGUGAAGGGAAAUCCCAAACCUCGUAUUACGUGGUAUCGAAAUCACGUCAGUCUAAAUACUAAUACCAACUACUACAUCUCCGAAACCUGCGGCGUUUGCACCAUGUUGAUCCUCUGCAUGGGCCUCAAAGACAUGGGGGAAUACACCAUCUGUGCAGAAAACGCCCUGGGACGAGCUGAAUCCUCCACAAUCGUUAGUAUCAGAGAGUGAAGAACUACAAAUACUAUGAUGUGAAAAGUAUUUGAAAAAUAAAAGUAUUAAAAUGAAGAUUUAUCGAUCAGAAUAUUUGAGUUGUAGUGGUUUUCCUGCUUGGAUUUACUUCAUCAACUGAAGAUCAUCAAAAGAUACAAGACUGCUGCAGAAAUGACACCUUAAAACAAAAACAAUACAAAUAAAUCAUUGCAUUUGUGCAUGUCUUGAAAAUGAUUAACUGUGUGUUUGGUAAAUAAAAUCAGAAUGAGCUGCAGA